AUGGCCAAAGAAUUCCACCCUCUUCUUCUCAUCAUCUUCCUCUCUUUCUUGAUUUCCUCUACACUUUUCGACGUCUCAUUGACGACGGCUGCCGACGACUCCGACGAGGACUUUAGCCCUGCCGAUGCUUUCCGUGCACUAGACCCUAAUGACCCUUUGGUUGUCACGAUAGCAAAGUUUGCAGUGGAGGAAAAUAACAUGCAAAAGAAAGAAAAUAUCGAGUUUGCGAAUGUUUUAAAAGCUGCAAGCCAACAAAUUGGAGCAAAAACUGAGUAUGGCCUCCUUAUUAAGGCAGAUGAAAAUGGUACUUCGAACACCUAUGUAGCAGUUGUCUUGGACAGCAAAAAUUCUGGGAGGGAGCUCGUUGGCUUUACAAAGCCAAACUUGGCAGUUUAG